CUUGUAAGAGAGUUAAAAAGGAGGAGGGAGUAUCGGCAUCUGAAGUCAGCCAGAGACUCGGCUGGUUUUUGCCGACGUGAGUGCGCCGUGUGAGGAUUGUGUUUGAGAGCCCUCCACUCCAGCCACAUGAAACGGAAGCAUCAGCUCAUCUCGGAUACUUUCAAGGCUAAAAAGCAUCGGCCAGUUCUUGGACUGGAUCCUCUGGAACAGGAGGGCCCUGAAGCAGUAGAAUCUGCUGUCCAAUACUUGACAUCUCUCUUCCCUCGCAAACUAUUUGAGGAUUCGCUGCCACCCUUGGUUCUGAGACACCAGAUCUACAGUCUCGUCAAAGACCGCACAACUGUGGACAGGCGCUUGAACCAGCUGAAAGAUGAGGGCCGGAUUCAGAUGUUCCAGCACGGUUUUGAUGCAGACACUGUUGUUGUGGCAUUCACGGACAGUUAUAAAUCUAAGGUGUUGGAGUUUGUGUCUGGGAAGGACUUUGCCAGGACAGUGAGGAAGUUCCUGGAUUCUGUCCUCACCUCCUGCCCUGACAUCAGUUUUGACAAAAAAAGGAUGCUGGGAGAGUUUCGUUUCAGUGAUGCAGAAAUCACGCAGCUGGUGAAUGCUGGGGUCCUGACUGUCCGUGAUGCUGGGAGCUGGUGGCUGGCAGUGCCUGGAGCAGGCCGUUUUGUCAAAUGCUUCAUCAAAGGAAGGAAAGCUGUAUUGAGUAUGAUCCAGAAAGCCAAAUACAAAGAAGUUUUGCUGUCCAAUCUGCAGAACCGCCGAGCACCGAGUGCCGUGAAGCUGGGUCUUCCUUACCACAUACAUGACCUUAUUGGAGCCCAGCUGGUUGACUGCGUGCCAAGCAGCUCUGGCACCCUCCUCCGCCUGGCUGAUGAUUAAGCGUGUGCCACUUCACCAUCAAGCUGACAAUUGUGUGUAACGUGAACUGACGGUGCUUGGGACACUCGACUUUAUGCCAGGGGGUGCAGCGCUUCUGUCUGAGCUACCAGCAUCAGUGGGAACAAAAGGAUUUCUUCCAGCAAAACCCCACCACCACCCUCUUAUUUAUGAACAGAUUUAUAUUUUGCACUUAAUAUGGGUCCUCGUGUAAGAGGAUCUUAGCAGGACCUGUGACUGCCAUAAAAUGGCUGUGAUUGCUUCAAGGCUGUGGAUGAGAGUAGGGAGCUUGUUGUACAAUAUCCGGGCAUAAAUUCUGGAUGCUGAAACAGCAUGUGAACCCUACCCAUCUAAGCCGCAGCCAAUACACUCCACAGGCAAUUCAUUCCUGUCAUGUGGUGUUUGUAUGUGAAUGAGUGUUGGUCUCUUAUAGGACAUCGGUCUCAGAAAAUACACUGAAACUUGAGUAAAAGCAAUUCUUACUACUUCA